AUGGCCUGUGACUACAAUGGCUACAUCUUUCUGGAUGAUCCGAUCCCUGACCCUGCACAGACACCAGCAGCUCAUACUGGCACCCUGUCGACCUUCUACGUUUGUGCCGUGGCUUCCCUUUCUUUCGGCCUGCUUAUGUUGUGCUGCCACUGCAGCCGGAGGGACGAGCCAGUGGCUGUGAGAAGUGACAGGCUUCACGUCGCUUUCUUUGUCCUGGCUACUGCGGGUUACUUCGCUGCAGCAGUAUCCACACAGGUGUACACGGGUGAUGCGAACUGGGCCAUCCAGACGAGCAAGGCCGUGAUCAUCCUUGCUUGGGCCUGCUUGCUCAUUACCAGCUGCGGAGCACUGGAGGCCCUUUGCUCCGUGAGGUGUCUGAAGGCAACAGCUUGGCUUGCUGGACUGGCAGUGGUCCUGGCUGGCCUCGUUGAAGUCGUAGUCCCUGGGGACAGGCACUUCCAAGGCUUCAUGUACUGCCUUACAGCUGCGGCUGUUGUUUGCGCCCUUGUUUGGCUUGUGGUGCACUUCUACGAUAAAUCACAUGGUCCUGGCAAUGACAGAAAUCCCGCAUCCGUCUACCGCAGUUUGUCCCACGCCUUCGCAAUUGCGAGCUUUAUCAUGGUCGCAGUCAUGGAGCCGGAUUGCGGCUAUGCCGGGCAUCCGGUGUGCUACAAGAACUGCGGUUUUUAUGCGGGCUCCCACUUCACAUUGUCACUGAUUGGGUUUGUGCCCUUCUACUUGGCCCUGGUGCCACUACAGUGCUGCACUGCCUUUCCCGUGGCUUUCCCAUCCAUCCGGUCUUCGGCCGAGCCGAACCCGGAUGAACCAGAGGCCCGAGGCCCCAAAUCCGGUUGGUGA